AUGCAAGGCGGACCAUCUCUCGCGCUCAAGCGCUCCCACUCCCCGGAUGACGUACUGACCACCUCCACGCCGACGACGCACACGCAUAAGCGCCCGCGCGCACCGGCAGAGCGUCCCAUCCUGGCCGAUGCUUAUUUGGACUGCCUCUCGAAGCAAGAGCUGAUUCAAGCCCUCCACCAGGUCGAACAGCUCUUGAACGAUACCCAGUACGAGGCCGAUCUGUACGCCCUCCUCUAUCCGGACAGCAUCGAGGAACGCGUGACACAACACCACCUCGAACAGGCCGCAUCGGCCGUCGCCGCCGCUACCGAGGUGCAUCCCAGCGACACCGGCUCGGACCACGCGCCGCAAGUCGACGCGCCUGCGCCGCCCGCGCCUGAGCCGGCGGUGCCACGACCCUAUACCCCGUCGAUACCCGCACCGAGCAGCGCCGCGCCCGAAGCCGCCGAGCAGCAGCAACAGCCGUCGAGUGAAUCGCCGGCCGUGGAUCACACCCAAGAGUCGGUGCUCUCAAGCAGCGCCAACAUCUCGUCGCGCAUCGCCGCGAUCCUCGACUCGAUCCACAACACCAACAGCACCGGGCCGAUGCUCAAUCUGCAGGGCCAGCCGCUCGCACCGUCGAAGCAGGCGUCGAACACGAACCCGACCGGCGGCGGCCUCUCGUCGCUGCUUAGCAACGCGAACCUUUUGUCCAACACGCGUCUGCCGGCCAACUCGACGCUCUCCAAGCUGCUGGAGCAGAACCAAGCGAGUGCGUCGCCGCUGUCGCGUCCUGAUGCGCCGGAAACGCGCAUCACGCCGCACUUGGACGUGCCGCGCCCGACGCCAGGGCCGUUUGACUACACGCGCCUCGCCACGACCUCGACGCUCGGCUCGUCGCUGCCGCACACGCAGACGGGCGGCGGAUACGGCGACGACCACCACGACGACAGCAUUUCGUCGCAGCGCGACACGGCGCGUGUCACAAGCACGCUGCCAUCGUACGAAGACAUGAUCGUCGAGGGUCUGCAAGCGAUCGGCGACGUGAAUGGCACGCCGCCGCGUAUGCUUUUCCACUGGAUGGAGGACACGUACCCGCUGAUGAAAAACUUCCGCCCUUCAGCGAGUCAGGCGCUGCAGAAGGCGUUCAAGCGCGGCCGCCUGCACAAGGUGGGCAGCCUGUACCGCAUCAACCCAGACUGGGACGGCAGCAACACGGGUCGCAAGCCGACGCGCCGUCCGCAGGUUGGCAAGGACCAUCCGAUGAUGGUCAACGGACCCAAGGGCCCCGCGCCCGCGAGCCCGUUCAAGGCGCGUGCGCAGUUCCAAGGCGCGGCUGCCUACCGCCAGACCACGAGUCCGUUUACCAAGCAGCGCAAUGCCCACUCGCGGCUGCUGCAGAGCCUGCGUCCGGGCCCGAAGCCGUACGGCCAGCCCGGCGCGGCGCCGCUCGACAAUCCUGCGAGCAGCAUCUUCCAAAAUGGCGCCGCAGCGGCCGCGCUGUUGCUGGCGCACCAGCAGCGGUCGCGCGGCGCGACCGGCGAGUCACAAAAUACGCCGGACCUCACGCCGACGCUCACGUCGCUUGUGCAGCAGCUGCGUUCGUCGAAUGUUCCCGGCGGCGCCGACGCGCCGGGUUCGUCGCUCUCGAGCAUGCUGGCAUCGGCCCUGCUGAAGCACGCGCAGCGUCCUGGCUUUUCGACGACGCCGGGCGUCGAGACGAACCCGGUGCUGCCCACGGCACCGGUCGGCGAGAGCGGGCAGCCGGCGAGCGGCGCCUUUGCCUCGUCGCCGGUGCUGCAGAGUCUCUCGCGCCUGCUCGGUACGCGGGGCGAGGAGGCUGCGAAGCCCGCCUCGGCGCCGACGUCGCAGCUGCCAACGUCGCUGCCGGCGUCCGGCCCUGGCUCGCUGAGUGCCUCGAUCGAGACGCUGAUGCGCCAGGCAACGCGUGCCGCGCAGGCGUCACAGGACGCCACGCCUGCCGAGCAGCAGGGGCCUGCUACGUCGCAGGCCGACCUCGAUGCGGCGGUGUCGCAGACGCUCGAGGCUGCCUUCCAGCAGAUUGGCCCGUCACAGGACGCGCAGCGUACCGGUGGCCAAGGCGAUGCGCCGGCACAAGGCGAGUCGACCGAGCUCGAUGGUAUCGACUUGUCCGACUAUAGCGAUGCGCUGCGCACGCUUACUGCUGCGCUGGCAGGCAACGCUGGCGAUGACGACGACGAAAACGAGCGGCACCUUGCCGAUGAGCGUGCGAUCGCCGAGGCGGAGGCCGAUCACUCCGAGACGAAUUCGCACGGCGGCGACGACUCGGACGACGACACGCCGGAGCACGCCGAGUCGAGCGAGAGCCGCAUGGCGUCGCUGCUUAAGUCGUACGGUGUCGACGUGUCCGGCGACGCGGUACGCCACCUCACCGAGACGCUGCGCGACGGCGACGUCCAGGUGCCCCAGACUGAUACGGCCGAGGCGCAGACCGAGGCGCCUGCGCCGCCGUCUGACACGCCCAACGUUGCUGCGAUGCUUCCUGCCGACAAUCACGAGUCGAUGGACGAUGCGGCAAAGAACCAAGCGAUCCAGUCGCAGCUCGAGGCGCUCAUCGCGAGUCUCGCGCAGGACGGCGCACAGAGCGAUGAAGAGUAG